UCUCUCCGCUCCUAGAGUCGGAGGGACUGGAGAGGGGGCGGCGAUCCCAGCAGCAGCCAUGGGGGUCGCGCUGCCGCCACCCGCCCUGCGGCGCUGGUCCCGCGGCGCCCUUUCUCUCGCUGCCUUGGCACUGCUGCUCCUGCUGUAUUUCAGUGGUCCGGCAUCCAGUGAGUGGCCUCUUCCCUCACCCGCCCGGGGAGGAAGCGGGGAGUCCAAGCCUGGGCAGGGGCGGGUGUCCAAGUCUCUUUCUGGCGCCCUCACCACACUUCGCCUUUCCCCAGGUAUCCUCUCGGGGUGCAGACCCGGGGUCCGGUCCUGCAUUCCGAAGGCACGGCUACCUGUGCAGGUCCGGAGAGAAUCGGGCCCCCAGGUGGCCUCGGAACGAGAAGAGCCUCCGUGCCUGGGCCCUAACGGGAUGCUGGGCCGCAUGAUGCGGCCUUUCCGCGCCAGUCUGAUCCCCGAAGGGGAUGUCGCCUUGUCGCGGUACUUGGCUGGAUGGAGGGAACUACUCAGGUUCCUAACUCCCCUCGGCUCCAUCUUCGCCUUCGCUAUAAGCGAGGCCUUCGCCAAGGUGACAGCCCUGGAGGCUCGGGUACACGGCCCGCACGCCGCGCACUACUCGUCGCUGGUGACCAUGGCGGCCUGGGAGCAGCGGACCGGACUGCUGGAGCGGACGGGGACCGAACCCGGGGACUCGGCGCGGUCCUCGGGCUCCCGGACGCUGCUCUUGCUGCACCGCGCGCUGCGCUGGUCCCAACUCUGCCUCCACCGCGUGGCCACCGGGGCGCUCGAAGGCCCUGACGCUGGAGUGCAGUGCGGCGACGCCUACGGCACGGCCCUGGCCCCGCACCACCCCUGGCUGGUCCGCCAGGCCGCCCGCCUCGCGUUCCUCGCGCUCCCGGGUCGCGGCGCCUUGCUCGAGCUGGCGUGUCCCGGAGCCAGAGAGGCGGAGGCGCGGGCGGCGCUGGCCCGAGCCGCCGGCACCCUGGAGGACGUCUACAACCGCACCCAGGGCCUGCUGGCCGAGCGCGGUCUGCUCCAGCUGGCCUGAGGACAGCGGCGGCGGAGGCGGCCGGCAGGGGACCCAGCGCCCCGAGGCAGCGCCUGCGGCACCAGCCCAGGAUACCAGGGGGCGGAGCGUCCCCAACAGCCCCGCCUCCUCGUGACUUCAUCAUCGCGGGCACGCCCCCUCUGGGCGUGGUCCUCAGCCCGCGCCUCCGUUGCCGUCUGGGGUAGCCGCCGACUUGGGGGCGUUUUCUGUGAGGGCCGCGGGCAUUGAAGGGAAAUAAAGAGCGAACUUGGGAAGCGGUGUUCUCCCUUUCCCGGCGGCCGACAGCCUCACGCCCUGGCCUUUCUCCGCCGCUCCUCUGGCUUCCGUUGCCAGCGCCAGGCCGUGUCCCCGGAGCCCUACCGCCACCCGGCCAGCUCCUCCCCUGGGCUCCGCCACGGACACCGCAAACGCGGCCGACGCGGGUGCCUCGGCCUCCCCGCAGCCCCGCACCUCCUCCAGUGACCCAAGGCCGAGACCCGCACCGCGCCGCGCCCCUCGCGGGCACGGCCUGAUCCCGCAAGUGUGUGCAGCGGCUCCCGGGCCGCUCCCGCCACCGCAGCGCGGGGCCGGUUCACGCGCGGACGCCAGGUUACAACUCCAGUCCGCCUCCAGCACGGGACGUCGCCCUGUGUACGCGCCUGCCUAUUCGGCGUCCCCCCACCCCAUAUCCGUGGGUAGCAAAUCCACGUGUCUAAUACUGAGCUUCCCA